AUGAACGAUAAAAGUACUUCGAUUCAAUUCUAUGAUUCGGAAAACUUACUACCACAGCAAACGUUGCAGGAUUUGGAAAAAACAGAAAGACAGGAGAUUGAGGAGGAACCUGAUAUCUUGUACAGCUGCAAUCAACUAAGCUACGGUGAUGCAGUGUUCGCGACAUUUGUUGUAGCACCGCUGGUCGUAGGCGUUUGGCGAAGCACUUGGAGUAUCAUGGAUCUACACUCGAAGCUUUUCCCUUACGCCCAAAUCUACCUCUUGGGAAUCAUAAUUCACAUUUGUUUCGCAUUGAUCAGGUCCCAUCUCCUAUCCCGAUCAAUAGCAACUUCUGAUGAAAAUAGAUACUUCCAUUGGUUAAGAGAGCGGCUGCUAUCUAGGAUCUACACCUACAUAUUUAUUUUAUCCUGCAUCAUGCACUGGCGUGGUGGCUGGGGACUUUUUGAUGGCACCGUCGCCGCCGUAGUGCCUUCCGACGCCGACCCACACAGGCCAGUACUAAUAGCGGCCCUGACAGUACUAUGCUAUGCAAGCAUCGCCAGUCUUCGAUCUGCGAGAAAUCUCCUCGCGUCUCCUUAUUUCCUGGUAACUGACGGGAAGGAACCUACAUAUAUAUUCACUACAAGGUUCCGUAAUGUUGGACAAGUAAGUAUUCUUUUAUCUUGGUUCAUUGACCGACUCUGA